AUGACCAAAUUUCGCCCUUGUAUCGAUCUGCACUCGGGGCAGGUGAAGCAGAUCGUCGGCGGCACACUGAGUGACCGCGAUUCGGACUUGAAGACAAAUUAUGUAUCCAAGCUCCCCGCUAGCCACUAUGCGGAAUUGUAUCAGAAGCAUGAUCUACGCGGGGGCCACGUUGUGAUGCUGGGACCGGGCAAUGACGAGGCUGCGAAAGAGUCGCUGCGCACUUGGCCUGGAGGCCUACAGGUUGCUGGGGGCAUCAAUGAUAAGAAUGCUCAGUACUGGAUCGAUCAGGGCGCUGACAAGGUGGUCAUAACUUCGUUUCUCUUUCCAGAGGGGAGGUUCUCUCUUGAGCGGCUGCAAUCUGUCCUUGCAGCCCUGGGAGGCGAUAAGUCCAAGCUGGUCUUGGACCUGAGUUGUCGCAGAAAAGAUAACACAUGGUUCGUAGCGAUGAACCGCUGGCAGACCAUUACAGAGAUGGAAAUCAAUCAAGAGUCCAUUGCAAUGCUGGAGCCAUAUUGCUCUGAGUUCCUCAUUCAUGCUGCAGAUGUCGAAGGAUUGCAACAGGGUGUCGAUGAAGAACUCGUCGCCAAAUUAGCACAGUGGUGCUCGAUACCUAUCACCUAUGCUGGUGGCGCCCGCAGUCUGCAAGACCUCGAGAAGGUCCAUGUCAGCAGCCAGGGUAAAGUUGACUUGACUAUCGGCAGCGCUUUGGAUAUUUUUGGCGGCUCGGGAGUGACGUUUGACGAAUGUGUGCGGUGGAAUGAGACGCACUGA